AUGCUUAACAACCGAUAUGGCCAUGUCAUAGCAUUUACCCACGCCAUCGACGAGGCCUGCCAGCUCAAGGAUGACACCUCGACUGGUCUUUUCUGGGCAGUCGCGAUCACCGCCUCUGCCCUAGAGGCCGGAAUUGAACUGGUGGAUUUCAUCCGCUUAUUGCGAAAGCUAGAUACCGCAUUCCCAAAGUUUGGUGUCGACGUCUCUCGAUAUCGUACCGAUCUUCGGAUACAACAGAAUAUUUUCAGCCAAUACAUUGACUGUUAUCUUCCAAUCAUUGAACACUUGACAGAGGGAGAGGAAGGAGAAGACGAGACCGCUUCCGACCUGGACAGUUUUAUUCUGCCACUCAUUCGGGAGGCAGAUACCAAAAUCAAAAAAUACUGGGAUACAAUGCUUGUCAUCGCCCGACAAAAUGAAGAACGGGAAUUACGCAAACUCGUUUCUGCCACCACUUACGUCAAUGGUAUUCACGGUGAAGGACACGGCUCUAAUAAUGUUCGCUUCCGGUUUAUUCGUCACCUAGGGACGGGAAGCUACGGUGAUGUCUCGGAAAUGGAGGAACUGUCGACAGGAAACGUUUACGCUCGUAAACUCUUUCGAUAUCAUGACGAAUCACAAGCCAGGCGCGUGGAAACAGAGGUCAAGAACAAGGUCAAAGUCAUGCCGAAGCUACGACACCAUCACAUUGCUUCCGUACUCUUGUGGGUCCGAGAUCCGGAUUCCAAAAACCUUUAG